CAAAACUAACUAAUAUUUGGACUUCUCUCUCUACUCUUUCACUCUACAAUGGCGAUCAAUCUGCAACUCUGCCGUUUUCCUUCCCUUUCAGACCUCUCUCUGAAGGAGACUAAACUUUUCUCAUGCCGGAAGUCUCUUCUCCGUGUCCGAUGCUCCGCCGGCGAUUCUUCAUCGAUCGCCAUGGACUCGGAUUUCGAUGCCAAGGUUUUUCGCAAAAACUUGACGAGGAGCAAGAAUUACAAUCGCAAAGGAUUCGGACACAAGGAGGCGACUCAAGAGCUUAUGAAUCGCGAGUAUACUAGUGACAUUAUAAAGACAUUGAAAGAGAAUGGAAAUGAAUACACAUGGGGAAAUGUAACUGUAAAGCUUGCUGAGUCUUAUGGUUUUUGCUGGGGUGUGGAGCGUGCUGUCCAGAUUGCUUAUGAAGCUAGAAAACAGUUUCCUGAAGAGAAACUUUGGCUUACAAAUGAAAUUAUCCACAAUCCAACCGUCAAUAAGAGGUUGGAGGAUAUGAAGGUUCAAAAUAUACCAAUCAAGGAUGGGAAGAAACAAUUUGAUGUUGUUGAUAAAGAUGAUGUUGUGAUGUUACCAGCUUUUGGUGCUGCAGUUGAUGAGAUGUUUAUUUUGAAUGAGAAGAAGGUUCAAAUUGUCGAUACUACUUGCCCAUGGGUUUCAAAGGUCUGGAAUAGCGUAGAAAAGCAUAAGAAGGGGGAUUACACUUCGAUUAUUCAUGGCAAAUACAAUCAUGAGGAGACUGUAGCAACUGCAUCUUUUGCAGGGAAGUACAUCAUUGUGAAGAACAUGGCUGAGGCAACUUAUGUUUGUGAUUAUAUACUUGGGGGUGAGCUUGAUGGAUCUAGCUCUACCAAAGAAGCUUUUAUGGAGAAAUUCAAGUCUGCAUUUUCGGAAGGGUUUGAUCCAGACACUGACUUGGUAAAAACCGGCAUUGCUAAUCAAACAACAAUGCUCAAGGGUGAAACAGAAGAGAUUGGAAAAUUGAUUGAGAGGACUAUGAUGCAGAAAUAUGGUGUAGAAAAUGUGAAUGAGCACUUCAUGAGCUUCAAUACCAUCUGUGAUGCUACUCAAGAGCGACAGGACGCAAUGUAUAAGCUGGUGGAGGAAGAUCUGGAUCUUAUAUUAGUUGUUGGAGGAUGGAAUUCAAGCAACACUUCUCACCUACAAGAGAUUGCAGAGGAACGUGGUAUUCCUUCUUAUUGGAUUGAUAGUGAGAAGAGAAUUGGUCCUGGAAACAAUAUAAGUUUCAAAUUGAUGCAUGGUGAACUGGUUGAGAAGGAGAAGUGGCUACCGGAGGGUCCUAUCACUAUUGGAAUAACUUCUGGUGCUUCAACUCCUGAUAAGGUUGUUGAAGACGUGCUCGUGAAGGUGUUUGAUUUGAAGCGCGAUGAAGCUUUACAAUUAGUGUAAGUUAAGUUAAGUUAAGAUUGUGGGUAAUAAUAAUCUGAUGAGAAAAUGUAAUAAACAUGUGAUGUCAAUAAUAAUAUUAUAACAAUGUAAUAGUGAAAGGGAUUUGAUUCAUCUGGGCCUCUGGCUAGUGUUUAAAUCUUAUUGUUAUAUGG